AUGGCGGACGCCCGCAGCCACCGCAGAGCUCGCGACACGGCCGUAACGCUCCUCGCCGCGUGCGGCGACGUCUUGACCAAGAAGAAGCUUGACCCUCACCGAAGCCGCUGCCACGGGGCCUCGUUUACCUGCAUCGAUUGCAUGGUUCACUUUCAAGGCGUCCAAUAUCGCUCUCACACUUCGUGCAUAACCGAAGACCAAAAGUACCAGGGCGCCUUGUAUAAAGAGAAGAACAAGAAGCAGAAACACCAUCACGACAAGCCAGCCGAGCAGAAGCAAAUCGAACGGCCCAAGAACAUGGCUCAGCAGCCAUAUGUCGAAGAUGUCGGGGAAGAUCGGGAGUACGAGCCGUGGAACGACUCCGCGGGACACACAGAAGACGAGCGAUCUCCCGCUGAGCCGCCGCCAGAGGCUCCCACCCCUCCCGCCGCGGCAACCGAAGAACACGUCAACGUCUUCGACUUUUUGGUCGCGACCGGCCAGACGCCAAAUGCCUCCAACAUGAACCUUCCGAGGGACCAGAUGGGUCCUGACGUUGGCGACAGCACCUCGCUUGUGCGAUACGAGUACAACGCGGAGGAAUAUCUCGACCCUACCUCGUUGAUGGACGCCGACAACGAACCCCUUGUUCAAUACGGCACCGGGCCGGUCCCCUCAGGUGCAUUCGUCACCCCUGCUUCCAAGAGUGAGCGACGAAAGACCAAGGACAGCGAGGUCAAGAAGGACAAGAAGCGCAAGCGGCUGCACGUCGAAGUCCCCGGCGACCAGGUCAUGACCGACGCCCCUCCCGUCCUGCACUCCGGCUUGACAGGCGGCCUCAAGACGCUCAUGCGUCCGACGCUGCCCCCCUCUCCCGACUACUCUGGCGGAGACGUCGCCGACAAUUCGCCAGCAAGCCCACUCAAGAAGACGAAGCAUUCCAAGCACGCCAAGAGCACCCACGUCGGCAACAGUCUCUUCGAUAUGAUUACCGGCGGCUCCAAGUCCAAGAGCCACAAGAAGAAGUCGACCUCGAAGAAGAAGUCUCAUGGUCACAAGGAGCGCAAGGAACCCAAGCUCAUUGAGUUUCGACCGCAGUCCAAGGACGGCAAGUCCGACAACCCAGACGGCCAAAUGGUUGUAUUCAAGCCGCGCGCCGAUGCCUUCCUCAGCUUCGUCAACAAAGGCCCAGAGAGCGAGCGCGGCUGCAGCGUCAACAAGGCGCUCAAGCGCUAUCACCGCGAGCGCCAGGCAUCGGGCACAGGCGCCGGCAAAAGCAAGGAAGAGAAGGAGCUCUGGAAGGACUUGCGACUUCGACGGAACGAGCGAGGCGAAAUUGUGCUGUUUUCGAUCUCGGAAUAG